AUGAGCCGAUUGCCUUGGCUUCUUCUGCUGCUCUUGCCGCCACCGACGUCGACGACCGCCAAGGAUCCGCGAGACACGUGCCCCCUUCUCUGCGACUGCGACCAUGAUCAGAAGCUCGUUCGUUUUUUAGGUGUUGUGUAAUAGCUCAAUUUGUUUGAAUUGCUUCUCCUAAUUGCCAUUUGACACCAUCCGCAAACGUUUUUCGCACUUUGGCUUUAGCCAGGCGUGUUCGACUAAAUUUCUAUUUUCUUGAUCAAAACCAUAGCAAAGAGGCCUACUAACUUUUAUUUCCGUUUAAAUUCGAUCAGUCGAUGGAAUCUUGAAGAAAAUUUUUACUUUUGCCGAAGCUUUUGAAUCUUUGCUUUUUUUAGCUCGAGUAAGAAGUUAUAAUUGAAAUUCCACACAAUAAAACAAUUUUUUGAAAAAAUUUAUUGCGUCAAAGUGUAAUAAUGCAAUUAUUUGCGUGAUUAUUCAGUUUGAAACAAGUUUUUAGACAAAAAUUUCAACUUCUUAUUGCUAGUUAAGGAAAAUCCUUAUUGAUAGAUUAUUUAACUCUUGGUUUGUUUAUUCAGUAGAUUUUAUGUAAGAUCUUGUUUAAAUUCGACGCUCUUAAAUUGUCUUAUCUUGGUUGCAGUUUUGCUAAUUUAACAGAGUGAAAAAAACCGAAUUUGGAUGGAUUACCGUUUUUUAUUAAAUCUUUUCGGCUUUCUUUACCCCUUUUCUGUCGCUUCCGACAGAAGAUAAUCCAAGCUGACGGAUAUGUUUUAGGUGCGAUGCGAAGGCGUGCAAGUGAUAUCGCUUCCGGACCGCGUCCCGUCCACUUAUGAGGUCCGUCUCGGCUAAAUCCUAAUGCAACGGGGGCUUUUCAGACGCUUCUCAUUCGGAAUACCUCGAUCAGAUCGGUGGCCAAGAACUCGUUCCGCAAGAUGGAGAGACUCGUCAACGUUGAGUUCGACCACAAUCCUCAUCUUAGUACUCUUGAAAAGCUCGCUUUCAGGGGCAUGAAGAAGAUAAGGUUAGACGCCUUUUAAAUCACUAUUUUUGCAAAAAAAAAAUGUUAAAAUAAGGUGUUGAGGAAAGCUUUGCCAAAAUUUGUUUUUAAAUUCUCUGAUUUCUACUAUUCUGAUGUGAAUUUGAAGUUAUACUUAUCGGAACCUUUCUAAUUGGAACAUUUUGGUUAACGGAAAAGAAAGCCAAACCAAAAAAUGAAGAAUGUGACGGCCUGGGGUCUUCGAAUUGAUCUUUGCUGCGAAAUUUUUCAUUUUCAAAAUGGAGACCAUAAAAGUCUCAAUCUUCACAAUUUCAAUUUUUCGGAACAAAACUUUCAUAAUCUCAUUUUUCACAGAUAAUUGAGAAAAAAGAAUGGAAAGAUUUUGUAGGUUGCAUUUUUCAGGGUUUUCAUUCAUUGCAUGAAUGAGCCCUUUUGCCAAUUUUUAAUUUAGAAAUUUUGAGUAAAGUUUCUUCAUUUUUGAGAACUCCUGAAUUUCUCUCUCCAUAUAACUUUUUGCGCAAGUUAUCAUUGCUCUCAAAUCAGAACAUAAUAAGCUCAAUAAACAGAUUGUUUACGUAAACUAUCAAUUUGAACUGGCGGCGGCAAGUGUCACCGGAGCCCUGCGGCAAGGUGAAAAGAGACAAAUGACCUUUCAGACUGAUCAAAUUCGCGUCGAGCCCUCAGCUGACGGAAAUCGAACGCGGCGCCUUCACUGGAAUCUCCAACCAAUUUGGGCUCAAAAUUCUUUUUGAAGACACGCCCAUCAGGCGGAUCCAUGGUGGUGCCUUCAGGUCCGUUGAAGCGGGGAAAUUAUUGCACUCAGUGUUUUUUCUUCUCAGAAACGCUCACAGCAUCCGAGAAUUGUCCAUUUCCGGAGUCGAUUUGGCCUUGUCGAGACAUUCUUUUGCUUCUAUCCGCCAGGUGCGUCUGGUUUUACAAGAGGAAAAUAGAAGAGAAGAAAAAUGUGUGGUUUCAAACUGAGUGGUCGGAAGAGGGAGACUUUUGCGUUUUUUUUUUGCCGACUUUGAGUGAUUCUUUUGCGUUUCAUCAGCUCACAUAUUAAUAUUAAAUAUCCCUUAACUUGAAGAAAAAAUUUAAUACAUGUGUUUAUUUCGAAAAAUUGAAUGACAAAAAUUUUACGCAUUUCUUUCAUCUCAUUUAUCAAUUCGAAAAUUUUUAUAAAUUUGGCCAAAACAAUGUUUCUGUUGUAGAUAUGAUCCCAUAUUGCGAAAUCGCUCAAACUUAGAUCCUCAAAAAUGUGAAAGUUAGUCAGAAGGAAACUUUCAGGGCAAUCAUCUAUCAAACUCAAUAUUAUCCAGUCAAAAAGCUUCUGAUCGCUUUCCGAGAUUACUAAAAUUGAAAGAGAAACGGUUUUCUCGUUUAGGAAAAAUAUAUAGGCACUAGUUUUCGUCAAUUUCGUCACUCUUUUUCGCCUUAUUCGUCACUCUUCAGAACUAUUCCUUGGAGAAACUGUGUUUUUACAGCUAGACUUCCUGACAGUUUCUGGUGUGGUGCUCGCCGAGCCGGAGCUGUUCAGCAACUCGACGAGGUUCCACAUCGUUCACAUCCGACACUCUGAGUUCGAUCUCCCGCCUCGCGUUUUUCACGAUCUCUCACACGUGCAUCACGUCAGUUUGUCCUCAUUUUAUCCUAUCGGUAAGCCCUCGGGCGUUAAACAACUCGGCGGAUAGGUUUCGAGUUUCCCGGAGUGGAAUCCGACUCGGAUUCGUUUUCAAAACAUUUCCGUUGUGAACAAGAUGCCCACUACAAAGGCCGUGACUUGCAAAUACGAGCAAACUAUUAAGGAAGAAAGGUGAAGUUGUAUUGGAAUCCAAAACAAUAACCCUGGAACGUGAAAUUUGAAAAAUAAUAGCUUAUUCACAUAUGUACUAGCUCUCUUAGAAGAGAAUGGCAUGGAAAUUAUAUAUGACUAAAAAUGAGAAAAGUUAUUGGCAUCUAGUGAGUCGAGAAGGAAUAUAAUUGGCAAACUCGUUUGAAGGUAGAUAGACCAAUAAAUUUUUCAGGGAGUCAGAGUGCUGGCUGGAAUUAACUUUGAAAGUGCGUAAGCUUAGUGAAGUUAAAAAACGUUUCCAAUCAAUCAAUAAUUCAAUUGUUUAUUUAAAGUAAUGAAUGUAAUCGACUAGACAUUGAUUAAGAACUUGUAAAGCUAUAAAGAACAGCCGCUUUUGGCGAACUAGAAGUUCAAACGUGUAGCUGAUCAAGUCGAAAGCAUGGUAUCACGGUCUUCUCCUUCUGCGCGUAGUCCAUCCAGUUGCGUCUUGACGAGUUCAGAGUGUAGCGGAUGUUGUGCUGGAGCCCGGAAGCCUUGCUCUAGGCGGGCGUCUCGGAAUGGGAGCAACCACUACGAUGGAAAAUUUUACACGGAAUGAAGACUGUACACAUAAUUUUUUUUGAGAAAAGACAUUCAUUUUUCUCUCCAUAGAAAAAAAAAAAUUACAGAUCCUAAUCGAACGAUCUCGUCUAGCGUCAAUCGCGCCAGACGCAUUUUCGGGUCUCACAACGAUUGAAGUUAUCGAACUUUCUGGCAACAACAUUGGAUCGAUUUCCGCCAGAGCUUUUACUGGUGAGCCUUUCCACAGUGCCAAGAUGAAUGGAUAGAAAAAAAAAAUCUUAAACGUCAUAGCUUACAGAAGUUCUUCAGACAUUACUAUCCUCUUUUUCGCUGAUUUUUUGGAAAAAAAAUAUCUCAGAAGAAAAUCUCAGGUGUCGAAAACCUGGGUCAGCUGAAAAUAACGCGUAACACGAUCCAAGAGCUCGACACUUCGGAAAGUGUCUUGUCGACGGCGUGGCAAACUCGAGUCGAAGAAAACACGCUCAACUGCACUUGCGACCUCAAAUGGAUGACCGCUCUUUCGGUAACGCUGUUUUAGCCAUUAAAGAGGAUUUUAAGAAAUUAUUUCAAAAUUUUUAAAUUUUGCGAGUUGAAGAGUUUUGGCCGCAAUAGAUUUCGAAAUGUUUUCCCCGCAAUCUUUUUUUUUCUCAAAAACUUAAUAACGCUUCCAAGCCGCGGUUUUUAUUCAGGAGACGUCAGACGUGAACUUCUGCGGAGCGAGUGGCGCGUACCGGUCGGUGAGGUCGUUCGCGUUGGCGACGUGUGCGAUGCCGUCGCGACAGAAGCAGUCAGUCGCCGUGCCUGUCAUCGCGGUGACGUCACUAUCCUCGUCGCUUUUCCUGUCUUUCUCCGCAGCUCUUCUCAGCUGCUUUUGUUUUUCAUCACACGGGUUCUGUCUCAUAUCGCAGUGCUGA